CCAGUGCGGACGGAUUCUGUCUCGAAUCGCGAUGGAUUCUCUCGAAAUUUGUCGUGUUUGUGUAGAAGAAGCGGACGAAUAUUGGUUUCUGUUUGAAAACUGUGUUAUGAUACCAUUGGGUACUACUACACCAGCACAAAUCAUCACCGAAUUUACCGGCAUUGAAAUCGUACGCGACGAUGGAUUACCAGAAUUCGUGUGCAUCAGUUGUAUUGAAGCAGUGGCAUCGGCGUACCAAAUACGAGAAAAAUGCAUUUCCUCUGAUCGAAAGCUGCGAAAACUGCUGCUACAGAAUAGAAGUUCGAAUGCUCAACGAGCAAUCCAGCAAACGAACCAGGCUAUCCAUACGCAAAAUGGUUCCACGUCAAAAGAUGUUGAGAUAACGCCACAAGAGACAUCAUCGAUGGAUGAACAAGAUGCUUAUUAUGAAACGGUAAAUAAGGAGGAUUCGCGUGACACUGAAUACACCGAGCCAAAUCAAGCAGAUACAUUGGAGAUUGCGUUGGAACAGUUAGGAGCGGUGUCUUACAACGAAGAAUAUCUUACCAAUGUACAGCAACAGCAAUACGAAGCUGAUGAUAAUGAUGAUGAACAUGAAAAUCGGCCAAUCACAGUUCAUAGUGAGCAAGAUAUCGCUAAAGAUAAUCAAACUAUCGACAUGGAGGUUCAAAUAUUAAAACCCGAUGCCACAAAUGAGUCCGUCAAAGUUCAGGGUGCGAAAAAUUCUACCAACGACACCCAAUAUCCCAAAGUGGAUCGGCAGAAAAAGAUCGUUUGUGACCUUUGUGGCAAACAUUUUUCGAACAAGGGAAACUUGAAAGCUCAUAUAAUGCUACACAACAACUACAAGCCUUUUAGGUGCGAUCUGUGUGGAAAGACAUUCUCGCGCAAGCAUAACUACAACGUGCACAAGUUGCGUCACACGGGCAAACGCAUCCACCAGUGCCUAGAGUGUGAUAAGGCAUUCGUUUGCACUGUAAAUUUAAAACACCAUAUGAUUAAGCAUUCGAAUGUGAAGCCAUUCAAAUGUAAUCGAUGUGAAAUGGAAUUUUCUUACCGUACGGACCUAGUACGGCACAAAAUAGCGCACACCGGCAUCUAUCCAUUUGCUUGCGAAUAUUGUCACCGUCGGUUUAGUCGAAAAAGCAGUCUCAAGAAUCAUCUUCCAAAAUGCAUGGAUCAGGAAAAGAAACACGUUGUGAAAGACGAGUCUAGCGUUUAGAUGA